AAUCCCCUCAGCUCGCUCCUUCGGUAAGUAGCAACCCUCAACAUCUUUGGUUUACCCUCUUCAGCAUCGCGCUGUGAACGCCUAUUGCUGGUGUCGGCCGCCUCCUCCGAGCUCGAGCUUCUAUAGCGAAACUCAAUUGCGCGCUCCUCCUGCCUCUCGAGCUUAUCGCAGGGGUAUAAUCGUCCUUCACGUUACCUCCUGACUAACUUCACCGGCCAGAUAUUCUUGCAGAAGAACUCCCAUACCAUCCACCUCUUCUGGUCCAGACGAAUUGCGUCCCGACCACCAUGUCGUUCCUCUACCCCAGACAGGAUACCCUCAAGGGAUGCUUCUCGUCCCCCUUCAACAGCCGCCUUAACAAGACCGCGGAUACCACGGCCAUGGCGAAACCAACGCGCUACCAGGCCCGCCCCGAGCUCUACGGCGCCUUCUCCACCGUCGACGACGUCAAGGGCAAGGCGAAGCAGCUCAGUGCCGAGGCCACGGCCGAGUUUGAAAAGGCCAGCGCCAAGGCCCAGUCUGCGGCCGGCGGCAAGAUUGAGCUGUACUCUGGACAAUACUAUGCUGCUUGCACCGUCGGUGGUCUCAUGGCCUGCGGCUUGACGCAUACCGCAGUGACUCCUCUGGAUCUCGUCAAAGUGAGGAGGCAAAUCGAUUCGAAGCUGUACCGCGGAAACUUCCAGGCUUGGGGAAUGAUUUUCCGAAAGGAGGGUCUCCGCGGCAUUAUGACCGGCUGGGGCCCAACCUUCUGGGGAUAUUCCGCGCAGGGAGCUUGCAAGUACGGAUUCUACGAAUACUUCAAAAAGACCUACGCCGACCUCGCGGGCCCCGACAACGCCAAAAAGUACCAGACGAUCCUCUUCCUCUCCGCCUCGGCCUCCGCCGAGUUCCUCGCCGACAUCGCCCUCUGCCCCUUUGAGGCCGUCAAGGUCCGCAUGCAGGGCGGCAUCCCCUCCCCCUACAAGGGCACUCUCGACGGCAUCAGCAAAAUCACGGCCAAGGAAGGGUGGGGAGGCCUCUACAAGGGCCUGUACCCGCUCUGGGGCCGACAGAUCCCCUACACCAUGAUGAAGUUUGCCUCCUUUGAGACCAUUGUCGAGAUGAUGUACGCCCGCCUCCCCGGCCAGAAGUCCGACUACAGCAAGGCCGCGCAGACGGGCGUGUCGUUUGUCAGCGGUUACCUGGCCGGUAUCCUCUGCGCCAUCGUCUCCCACCCGGCCGACGUCAUGGUCAGCAAGCUCAACGCGAACCGCGCUCAGGGCGAGGCGUUUGGUGCGGCCAUGGGCAGGAUCUACAAGGACAUUGGAUUCUCUGGCCUCUGGAACGGUCUGCCUGUCCGUAUUGUCAUGAUUGGUACCCUGACCGGUCUCCAGUGGAUGAUUUACGUGAGUGACCAUCAGAAUUUUGUUGAGAAAAGUGUGACAGAACUGACAUGAUGGACAGGACUACUUCAAGAUCUUUAUGGG